CAGGUGUGGUCAGUCUGAGAGGACCGUUAGAGGAGAGAGAACUUUGAAGCUCUGCUGGAUCUCCGCCACCAUCAUGUCCUGGGAUUACUUCGGCUUCUCUCUCGUUCGCGACGGCGCCAGCGUCGCCAACGACGACAUGGCCGGCAACAAAACCAAGAACUACAUCAACAACCCGGCCGACAUCUCCGUCAUCGUCAUCUACUUUCUGGUGGUCCUGGCUGUGGGGAUCUGGGCCAUGGUGAGGACCAACCGCUCCACAGUGGGGGGGUUCUUCUUGGCGGGUCGGAGCAUGGUGUGGUGGCCGAUUGGAGCGUCUCUGUUCGCCAGUAACAUCGGUAGCGGUCACUUUGUGGGUCUGGCAGGAACCGGCGCCGCUGGAGGCAUCGCCAUCGGAGGGUUUGAAUGGAAUGCUCUGGUUGUGGUGCUUAUUCUAGGAUGGCUCUUCGUCCCAAUCUACAUCAAAGCUGGGGUGGUGACCAUGCCAGAGUAUCUGAAGAAGCGUUUUGGAGGUCAGAGGAUCCGAAUCUACCUGUCUGUGCUCUCCCUGUUCCUCUACAUCUUCACCAAGAUCUCUGCGGACAUGUUCUCUGGAGCUAUUUUCAUUACUCAGGCUGUGGAUUUGAACAUUUACGUGGCUGUUGUCCUGCUGCUGCUGAUCACCGCUCUCUACACGGUCACAGGUGGCCUCGCUGCAGUCAUUUACACAGACACCCUGCAGACCAUCAUCAUGGUGGUGGGGUCCUUCAUCCUAAUGGGCUUUGCUUUUGAUAAGGUUGGAGGUUAUGAUCAGUUUCAGGAAGCCUAUAUGAAAGCCAUUCCUUCAGUUGUGGGUAAUGUUAGUUCUGAGUGUUACACGCCUCGCGCCGACUCCUUCCACAUCUUCAGAGACGCCACCACCGGAGAUCUGCCCUGGCCUGGACUCAUCUUCGGACUCACCAUCCAGGCUGGGUGGUACUGGUGCACUGAUCAGGUGAUUGUUCAGAGGUGUUUAUCUGGUAAGAACAUGUCUCAUGUGAAGGCCGGCUGUAUUCUGUGUGGGUACCUGAAGCUCCUCCCCAUGUUCCUCAUGGUGUUCCCCGGCAUGAUCAGCAGAAUUCUCUACACCGAUGCUGUGGCGUGUGUGGUCCCUGAAGUUUGUAAUGAAUGGUGUGGAACUGAGGUGGGCUGCACCAACAUCGCCUACCCCAAACUGGUGUUGGACCUCAUGCCUAAUGGUCUGAGGGGUUUGAUGCUGUCCGUCAUGAUGGCGUCUCUGAUGAGUUCCCUCACCUCCAUCUUUAACAGCGCCAGCACCCUCUUCACCAUGGACAUCUAUGCCAAGAUCCGCCACAGAGCCUCAGAGAAAGAGCUGAUGAUUGCCGGCAGGGUGUUUAUUGUGGCUCUGAUUGGGAUCAGUAUUGCCUGGAUUCCCAUCGUUCAGACAGCUCAGAGUGGGCAGCUGUUUGAUUACAUUCAGUCAGUCACCAGUUACUUGGCCCCGCCCAUCGCCGCUGUAUUCACUCUGGCUAUUUUCUGUAAAAGAACCAAUGAAAAGGGGGCGUUCUAUGGGAUGCUGAUUGGGCUGGCCAUUGGUCUGUCCAGAAUGAUAACUGAGUUUGUAUACGGAACAGGAAGCUGUGCCCAAGAAACCAAAUGCCCCUACAUCAUCUGUGGGAUUCACUACCUUUACUUUGGCCUCAUCCUGUAUGGAGUGUCUUUAAUUUUAGUGCUGGGAAUUUCUCUGCUUACCAAACCAAUCGACGAUGUACAUUUGCACAGACUGUGCUGGAGUUUGAGAAACAGCACUGAGGAGAGGCUUGAUCUUGGAGAAGAUGAUUGGAACGAAGAAGAAGUAGACAGCAAGGCAUUGGAAGUGGAAGAACUAGAAUCGGAACCGAGCUGCUGGAAGAAGGCCUACAACUGUUUCUGUGGCUUCGACCAGAAGAAAGCUCCAAAACUUACCAAAGAAGAAGAGGCGGAGCUGAAGAAGCAGAUGAUGGACACGAGCGAGAAGCCGCUGUGGAGAAACGUGGUGAACGCCAACGCCAUCAUCCUGCUGACCGUGUGUGUGUUUUUCCAUGGUUUCUUUGGUUAAAGAUACACCAUGAUUAUAGAGUCCUCUCUAAGAUAUAUGUGGAAAUGUAUUUAAAUAUAAUAUAAUAACUCAUUCUUUUCAUACAAAAGCUGGACUACCGUGACUGUGCUGGAUGUGCAGAAGUGCAUACCCUUUUUCUUGAGGUUUACAUGUAGGUUUAAUAAAAACAGUUUAUUUUUCA